UUUCGCACAUGCGAGUUGGCAAACCUCGUGUUUGAGCCCGCCACGAGGCCUGCGCUGUUUUGGUUAUCGCAUCGAUCGAGAACUCCGAGGCAGAAGGGGCGUAGAAGUGAACGGCUACCACGAUCGUGCGCCAGUGAGUACCGCGAGCGGAAGCGACACGAAAGGGAACCGCGCGGAUCGCAACGUGAGCAAGCUUUGCACUUUGCACGGCCGAUACACCGACACCGGCGGUGUUUCCUCAAACUGCCGGCAACGCGUGUCACGUGGCGGCUGGCGUGCUGCAGUUUCCCCGCCCUGCGAGGUCUGCUGACCGCGUUCGUCGUAACGAAACAAAGAGCGCUGAUACGACAAACAGCUUUGUAAAGCCGAAUAUCCGCGGGCGUUGGUGUUUGGAAUGGUUACACCGCGACUUUAUGCCAUGCCGGCCACGCUCGGCUUCUGAAAUGCGAUAAGAUAUGCGCCGCCGAAAACAAUCGGACAUGGUUCGCUCUUUUUCAUUGUCUCUGCCUGAAGAUAGCGCGGGCAUGAGUACUGCAUCCUCGACUAAUAGCGGAGCAUUCGAACUCCGCGCUGUCGGUCCGAGUCGCCGCCACCAGCGUUCUGUGUUCGUCGCGAUGCGCAGCGUCGGCUUCAACACCCUCCUCGUGAGGCGCUUCUGGAGUCUCUGCUCCCUUCUCGUGAGAGACAAGAAAGCAGCGCUGCUCCUCGCCGGUUUGAUGUUUGUUGUCGUAACCUACGAGUUCGUCUCGUACCAAGUGGGCCUCACCAACAGCCGCUUCUACUUGGUGCUGGGGAACAAAGACCUGCACGGAUUUUGGAUCCAAACGGCCCUCGGUCUCAGUCUCGUUUUUGCCAUAUCCAAGACGAGGGCUCUGCGCACUUUCCUAGCGUCGACUACAGGAGUGCACUGGCGCAAGAUCAUCACCAAGCACCUGCACGGGCUCUACUUUGCCGACAAGAAUUUCUACUGCGUCAACAUCUUGAAGGAACUAGGCGGAGAACUGGACAAUGUCGACCAACGAAUGACGCAGGAUGUCGACCGCUUCUGCAAGGCUCUGGCAGAUGCGCUGCCAGCUGCGCUGAUCGCUCCAUUCACGACGGCCUACUACAACUACCAGGCAUACGUGGCCACCGGCUGGAUAGGUCCUGUCUCGACGUUCGUUUUCUUCGUCGUGUUCACGGUUCUCAACAAGUUCUUGAUGGCGCCGGUAGUUCCGCGCGUCUACCAGCAGGAGAAGCAAGAGGGGCAGUUUAGGCACGCGCAUGCGCGCGUCAGGGACCACACGGAAUCGAUAGCCUUCCUGGACGGCGACCCCGUGGAGGAACAAAACGUGAACGCCGUCUUGGACGACGUGGUCAAGGCUCAGCAGUCCGUCGUGAAUAGGCAGUUCCCUCUCGCCUUUGGCAUCCACCUCUUCGACUACACCGGCGCGAUCCUUAGUCUUCUGGUCAUCGCCGUGCCCAUCUUCACCGGCGUGUACGAUUCGCUGACGCCGCCGGAACUGGCAGCGCUCAUUAGCAAGAACGCGUUCGUGUCCAUCUACCUUAUCAGCUGCUACAGCAGCCUCGUCGACCUAUCCGGCAGCGUGGCUGUGAUCGCUGGAAACACGCACCGUAUAGCGGCCCUUAGGGAAAAGCUGGUGGCACUGAGCGAAGAACUGCGCGAAUUGCGCGCCGCCGAAGCUCGCGACGACGACAAGCACCCGACGGAAGAAGGCGGUAGCGACGACGACAACUGUCCCACGAUCGAGCUCCAAGACGUGACGUACAGUUCGCCGCGAGACGGUAGCGUGCUCGUCGAGAAGCUAACGUGGAGACUCGACUGCAAGCGGACGGCAAUCAUCACGGGACCUAACGGAAGCGGCAAGACCACUCUGCUGAGAGUCAUCAAGGGCCUGCGGAACGUGGACUCCGGAAGCAUCCACGUGACAAACUCGCACUCUUUGGCGUUCUUCCCGCAGCAGCCGUGGCUGACGGUGGGAAGCCUGCGGAAGCAGCUUCGCUACCCGUUUCUUGACCACUGUCGCAAAGGUCUCGAAGACGUGGACGACGAAGACAAAGAAAUGGUCUCGCUUCUGGAGCUCACAGGCCUUAGGAACCUUCUGAACAGCGCGAACGAUCUUGACGCCGAAAUGGACGCCGCCUGGUACGACACGUUGUCUCCCGGAGAACGGCAGCGGCUCAGCUGGGCCCGACUGCUCUACGUACGGCCAAGGAUGGCAAUGAUGGACGAAGCGACCGCCUCGAUAGACGCCGAGCUGGCGAAUAAGCUAAUAGCUGAAUGUCAUGCCAGGGGCAUCAGCGUAGUUGCCAUCUGCCACAAGGGUUUCUGGGACGCCGAUGCGGUGCUAGAGCUGCGAGGUGCCGACGGCUACUGGACGGUCUCGUAAGGGGGCCGACGUAAGCUGGAAAGCGUCUUAGAAAGAAUGAAGCGAAGUGUGCUUGUGUGCGAUCGUGUGAAUGUGGUACCCUACCGGCUGACGUACUUUUAUAAUGGACACGAUGAACAUGAAACUAUUUGUAAUAUACAUAGAUAUGAGGACCUCUGUGCUACGUCAUAAAUAUUUCUGCUAUGCUUUUUUCUUAUUGUCACGUGUGCUGCAAAACUGCCUGUUACGGUCUUACGUAAUUAUUCGUGAGAGCCGAAAAGGGUUAUCACAAACCAACAGAUGUAUUUAAAACCGCCAGGAAUAUCUUAAUACUCCCUGGAGCUUUACGGUGAUCCCUGUCCAUAUAUCUUGUCAUCAAGCGGCAGCAGUAUAAUGCGAGUACGAAGGAUUAUUAUGCGAAGGGUGAUAACGCGUGACUGGUUCUUGCCGGGAAAAAAAGAUCACGGGAUGGCUACAUAACCGUAACCAGAUAUUUAUAAUUAUCCGAGCGCAUAAGGAACAGUUUAGAACAAAACAAAUGUGCGGAUUUCUUUCCCCAUUUUCAUUGGCCUUCUUUCACGCGGUAUCUUAAUAAAAAAUAACGCAAGUGCAGCUUUGAAAACGCACCGAAAAUGCCCCGCUGCUGGCUUCGGUACUCUUGGGGCUCGGCGAUUCAAUGAUCAAGACUUGCCUAUGGUCCUAUGUUGUCCUAGUUUAUGUCCCAGUUCCGAGUUGGCAGAGUAUUGUGACUGAGGCAUUAAUCUUUUGCAGAUAAUUGUUCGAGUUGAUAGGUGAACUGUGAAGAUUAUUUGAAAAGGCACAUGUCAUCUUAGACAUCAUAUAUCCGCCUCCAGAAUACGUUUUCUUUUGUACAAUAACUGUAUUGGUAACUAUACAGAGCACACAAAAAUAAGAAAGCCCAUACUAUGAGAAAUUUCACUUAUACAAUAUAGACGCAAGUAAGAGGAAAAUUAUAGUUUGCCGGACGCCACCGCAAAAUAUAUUCUCAACGAGGACCGACUGGCGCGUUUUCUUGCGAACCGCUCUGGCAUACGCACCACUUCGUGUGGACCCAGAUAUCGCUUCUUAUUUCUUCCUAGGACUGUUACUCUACUUUGUGAGUGAGUUCGACGCCAAAUUCACUACGUAAGCCUGCAUACUGUGACCUCCGCUGCUUUCCAGAGUUUAUCUAAGGGGUGAGUUCAAUCUACCAAUCAUCCCGCCAUUGUAUAUUGCUGUAGAACACUGUCUACUACCCUGACGUCGUGGUUUAUCCAGGCCGAGGGCUACCGGGCUAGUAUAUUCAAAAUUACGCUACCAGGCGUCAUCGUAUAGGUUAUCUUUAAACGUGAUAUUUGCGAUCAUUUCUACCAUAGAGGUACUGCUGACUGCAGCUAUUUAUUGUGUAUCUGUCGCAGCGACAUAUUCUACAAUAUUAAAUUUCGAAGUUAUCGCGUGCUCACCGUGAACAGCAAUCGUGCUGGUUUACAUUUUUUCGGGUCACAACAAAGCUACAGCAUUACGGAUAUAUGCCACUCGCAGGGCUGAACUGAGUUUUGUGUUAUAGCUUUGGUUAUACAUGCAUACAUCUUUCCUGUGACCGGCUUCAAACUUUAUGCGCUUAAAGCAAUCCAAUCCAACAGCACUGUAACUACGGCAAUCCCAUUCAGCAUAUCUAGCCAUUUAAGACAAACGAGUAGGCAAUGGUCAUGAUAAACACGAUCACGCUACUUUUAGACGUGACCAAAUGGUACACGGCUCGAAAAAUCAACCACCGGGCAUUAACAUGCUCCGUGUUCAGAAUAAAAUUCGAACAGCCUUUGCGAACCAGCAUUGCGCAAUACAUUCCGCACUUCACCACGUUGACACAAGUGAGCAAGUGGCACGCACCAUGUUUCAACGAUCACAUAGUUGCGCCUAAUGCACAUUGAGCUAAGUGCUAUUCGUCGGUGCUGUACCACUUGCACCCUUCCGUCCAAGGUUACUCGUUUUCCUUGUCGUCAUUUAGAUGCGCCGUAAAUGCACGCUAAAUAGAAAUAAUAAACCAGCGUAGACUGAUACAUUAUUGUUUGACAACUCUAUUAUCCUUUAUUUUGCCGUAAUGGGUUGACUAUUAGAAAGAA